AAUGAGAAGCUCGCGGUAGACUGUUGCUGAAUGAAAAUAACAGAGGCCAUUUUGCGCACGGAGCCACGGCAUCAUUCAAUAAUAAUAAAAACGGAAACGGGAGGCAGGUUCAGUCCAUUUCUGGACAGACACGAGUGUUUUUUAGAGCGGGGAGAGUGGUGUGAGACGGUGCGACUGGCGCAUGUAGUCAAAAAAAAAAGAAGGCAUGCGGUAACUAAUGUGCCGCCGCGUCGCCUCUUCCUUGGAGGUUUGUGUCGUCAGGAAAGGGGAGAGGACAGCUUCACCGCAUUGCUAUCCAAGCCCCUGUGACCCCUGAGAGAGGGAGUUGCCUUCAGUAAGCUGACCGACACCGGCAACAUCCAUGCGCGUCGAAAAACAGGUGUACGGUUUCAUCACACGGACACCGCACUAGCUUCCGACCGGCGGAAGCUCGCUGUGUUUCUGUGUUUGUGUGCUACUUCUGCGCUUGUCCGUGUGAUGACUUAAGUCAUUUAACGUGGAAGACAGCUCAAUACCUGAGGAUAGGGUGCGGGUGUGUCGAGUGAGACGGCAGUUGUUUUAAGGCAUUAAACGGGGUAAGAUCUCGGAAUAAAGCUUGACCGGGAGGAGAGACUUCUCCUGAGCAGAGGGAAGAGGAAGGAAACACAAGUCAGGAUAGAAGAGGAAGGAAAAGGCACUUGGACUCACAGCUCACCUAUACCUUACUCUUCUUAGCAAGUCUCCAGUCUUUUGGUUUUAUGACGGAAGGUGUGUCCCCCUGCAGUAGAUCAGUAAGAAGUGCUCUUCAAUAUGAAUACAGAUAGCGGAGGAUUCGCUCGCAAAAGUGUGGGCUUGUCACUCAUACUCUCUCCCAUGAAGAGGGUCCAGAGCUCACCAAAUCUAGGCACAGGGAGUGAUUCUCACUCAUCAGACUUGGAUUCUUGGCGGUCACGCAGUGCAACAGAUGGCCUCAAGAAUGGAGACGCCAGCAGCUCAUCUCUUGCUGCCAAAGGCUUCCGCAGCGUCAGGCCCAACCUACAGGACAAAAAAUCACCAACACCGGAUAUCAAUCACGUGCCAUUGCCACCCCCCAGGAGAGAGAGUUUCCACUUAUCGCCCACUGGCACUAAUCCACCAGACUACAGCUCCCUCAUUGCCCUGGCUAAUGAUUUUAGCCCUGGAAUGCUAACGUUCACUCAGAAUGAGAAAACCGUUUUAAAAGAGUCCUACACUAUUAGUAGUGCAUCUUCUUACUCCUACUCAGAGACAAGUACAAACCCAGUCCAACAGGCACAUCAGUCCACUGUCCCAAGUUAUGUUAGCAACUCUAGUGGAUCUUCCACCACUAAUACACAGGCCCAGGAGCGUAAGGUAUCUUCCCUCAAAUUAACCCCUGUUACCAUCGCUGACCCCCCAGCUCACCUCAACUCUUGCCUUGACCCCCAACCCCCUCCAUGCACUUCCCCGCCUCCACAAAGGUAUCCCACCAUGUCUCAGCCCCUAACACAUGCAGCCACACUUUCUGUAUACUUGGGUCCUGAGAAUAUAAAACAUCGAGAGCCUACAAACAACACAGUGGAACUCAAGGUCCCAGAUCAAGCCCCAAAUCAAAGCCCAAGUCCAGCUCCAUCCAAGGUGGAGAUAACGAAGGCUCCUCCUGCAGUUCCACCAAGACCCUCUGCUGCAGAACUGUUGGGACCUCCCUCCCCCGACCACAGAGCACGGCACUCCCCUUAUCGCUACCACAGCUCAGAAUCACUCGACUACCUGUCAGGCUUAAUGCCCAAGACUCUAUCGCCCACCCCGUAUGUUCCUAGUGGAGCUGGCAGCACAGCUGGCGCAGUCAGUGGGCCGAGCUUUACCACAGUCACCAGUGCGAGCAUCUUUGGCUGCGUAUCACCCUCGGCUUCCCCCGUGACGGUGUCAGCUCUCAGCCACUACUCGUCAUCCACAGCGGGUCUGCUGGACGAGCUGCAGAUCUGUAGCCUGGACUCACCUGGCGCCUCGCCCACGCCGUCGCCCACCCUCAGCCAUGUCUCUACCUACACUUCCACUGCUGGCCCUGAUGAUGUGCUAACAACCUCUGUGGCCUCCACUGCGGCAGCAGCCACUGUCACUAACGGCCAGGUCCUCUCUCAAACUAUGAACGGAAGCACUAGCCAUCCGCAGAGGCCCCUCUCUCCCCCGUCCUAUCCUCCUCCCCCCGCCUCACUCCACACUGGGCUCCAGAGACAGAGCAGGAGUUCAGAGGGUAGCGAGUCAGUUACCAGAGAGUCUGUGGUGUCGGGCCACACCAGCGUCAGCAGCACUGUGCCCAUUGCCCGCUUCUCAGAAGAAGAGAAAAGGGUGUCCGUAAUUAAAGCCCCUCAUUAUGAAGGCAUCGGCCCCGUGGACGAGUCUGGCAUCCCUAUUGCCAUCCGCACGACGGUGGAUAGGCCUAAGGAUUGGUACAAAACUAUGUUCAAACAGAUCCACAAGGUUCACAAAGCAGAUGAUGACUACUCUGACACAUACAAUGCAACGUAUGCUGUCAUAAACAAUGAUGACUACAGCCUGUCAUCCAACGCCACCAUGGCCCACCCCGCUCCCCGUACGCAUACAUACAGGCCACUCUCCAAAAGCCCCUCAGACAACGGGGGGCAUCUGGGGCCUCGGGAACCUUCGCCAUCCCCUAUACCUCCACCACCUCCGCCCAUGCCAUCUCUCCUCCAACUGAGGGCCAGAGACAGUGACCGCGAGAAAGACUCCCCUGACGCAAAUGAAUGGGGUCCUCCCAACAGGAAAGUGGACACACGAAAGUACCGCGCAGAGCCCAAGAGUAUUUUUGAGUAUGAGCCUGGGAAGUCCUCUAUUUUGGAGCAUGAAAGACCACCUCCUAAAAAAAGGCUGGAUUAUAAUCCAGACAUCUCCGCUCGCCAGCGCAUUGAGACUUCCCUGCACAUCGCUCCUGCUGACAAGCCUCCGGAGAGACCUGCGAGUGCUGCCAGCGACUACAGGAAGAGAAGGAAGUCUGAGCCAUCCAGUUCCCAAGCGAAUGCUCAGUCUCAGAGUAGAGCUGCAACUUCCCCUAAACCAGUGGAUGCUUACAGACCCAGUAGUAGCCUAAAGAAGCCUAUGAUUCGUUCCUCACCAUCCUCACCCUCCAGAGCCAAAGACCAGGAUGUCUCCAGGUGUUAUUCCACAAUCGAUGGACGCCAAACACCCCAGAGUAGAAGGCCUACUCCUGACAGAGAGGUCUCCCAUAAACAGAUGACACAACUUAUUCUGUUCUCUCUCCUCCAUCAGAAACAGCCUGCAAGAGCCAUUUAUGAUUUUAAGGCACAAACAGCUAAGGAGCUGACCUUUAAGAAGGGUGAUGCAGUGAACAUCAUCCGGCAGAUAGAUAACAACUGGUAUGAAGGAGAACACCAUGGACAUGUUGGGAUUUUCCCCAUGUCAUAUGUAGAAAAGGUGCCGUCCUCAGAGAAGCAGCAGCCGAUUCGUCCUCCUCCGCCAGCACAUGUCAGAGAAGUUGGAGAGGCAGUAGCUCGCUACAACUUCAAUGCUGAUACUAAUGUGGAGCUGUCUCUCAGAAAGGGUGAGAGAGUAAUUGUGAUAAGGCAGGUGGACCAGAACUGGUAUGAGGGGAAGAUCCCAGAUACAACCAAACAGGGAAUCUUUCCUGUGUCAUACGUUGACAUCAUCAAGCGCUCCCCGUCCAAGAGCUCCGCCCACCAAAUAGACCCACAUGGUUACCCUGGUAGCCGGACACCAAGCUCUACACCCAUCAAGCUUUUCAACCAUCUACCUCCAUCCUCCACUACUCAUGACCUCCCCUCCCUUCACCCCUCAUUGAGAAGGCCUGAGCUGCAAGCUAUCACCAACGAGUGGCUGUCCCUCACAUUGGACCCAUCAAUGUCCACUCCCACUCGUUCCCUCACGACCACACCUGUACCGCCCACACCACCCCCUCUCCCUGCUGACCUUGUACCUUUUCUAAAGGCUCAGGAGCCUAAGGCACUCUCACCUGUGCCAUCACAAAGAGGCUCCGCCCUGCCAACCCAGACAUUUUCCAGAACUCCUCCUUUUAAAGAAGGGAGACUCACUUUAGGUCACACCCCAGCUGCUCUGCCUUUCUCCCAACCUCCACCUCCUUCUCCACCUCCCCUUCCUCGUUCCUCAUUUACCUCGCCACUGCCUGAUUCUUCAUUUCGAUACAACAGUGACAAAGGAAUAGUCCAAACUUUACACAUUUCUAAGCCAGAGGUUUUAUCCUGCACAGUGAAGGAACCAAUAAAAUCACUAGCGCAAUUUCCUCUGCAGCACAAGUCAAACGUGCAAGUACACAAAAGCAGUAAAAUCCCUGAUGUCAAGCUGCAAGUAAAAGACCCUUACGAUGAGCUGUUGUCCAUGAUUCUGGAUAGUGGUACCAGUUCAGCUGACUUUUCAAGAUUGUCUGCGGUAGAUUCCCCACCAGCUAUGCUAGUCAAUGAACCCCGGGGCAGGUUUGAGCUAAAAGCAGAAGAAUCCCAUCAGCCAGCAGAGAAACCCCCAGUUGUCACUCUAGCUAGCGACUCGACAGGCGGUGCUCGGUUAGAGGUGCAGUUUCACAAUCCUGUGAUGAUUGAGCCGCUUUCCAUCACGUGGGGAGGGCUUUCAGAAGCUUUGAAUGAGCAAACAGUCGAGUCCCAGAGACUACCAUCGAUGAAAGGAAGGGAAUGUACUGAAUUGUUCAUUGAGGAAGAGGAUGAAGCUAGAGAAGACAAAGAGGAGGACAUAAAAGGUUUUAAUGAGAGACUCAGUCCGCAGGCUGAUGUGUCUCCUUCCACCCUGAUACAGCUUCCUCACCCCAGCCUGCCCUCACCCUCUGUACCACCACCUCUGACCUCCUUACCACCUGCUUCUUCUUCUACUUGUUCUUUCACUCCUUCACCUUCUUUCUCCUGGUCACAACAGCAGGACUCUAACACCAUCCCUGCCUCUCCUCUUGUCUCCCUUCGACCCCCAUCCCUUCCUCACCUCAUGACAUCACCGCUACCUCCAGUCUCUCCCUCUCCACCUGUCUUGACACCUCCCAUCCACUCCUCUCACCCCUCUCCAAACGUCUCCUCACAGCGCUCUGUCUCUCACCCAGCAAGCUCUGCCUACAACUCAGACUCGCCUAUUCCCCAUCCCGCCUUGUCUCCCCUGAAACCAGCCUCCCCCCCACUCACCACUCCAUGCUCUCCCCCCACUCCUCCAACUGUACCCCAUGCAGGAUGUAGGUCUCCCAAGGUGAAGCGGUUAGUACAAGAUGCACUUCAUGGUGGAGGAGACCCGUACCAGGCUGUGUACAACUACCUGCCUCGCAACGAGGACGAGCUGGAGCUGAAGGAGGGCGACAUUGUAGAUGUGAUGGAGAAGUGCGAUGACGGCUGGUUUGUUGGGACCUCUCGGAGGAGCAAGUUGUUUGGAACGUUCCCAGGAAACUACGUAAAGCAGCUAUAAUGAUGAUUCCAGACUCCAGAGUCCCACCCUGCCCCCUUUCUGUGACACGUUCAUCGCCCUCAGCACAGCACCUGCAGGACACCACCUCCCAACACUGGUCCCCACAAGACCUGUGGCACAUUUAUGUGUUUGCGUGUAUGUGUGGCUCGUCAGCUUCACACAGACAGAACAUUUAGCUCUAACUAGCCAUCUUUAAUGGAAGACUUCUAUAAAAUAAUGUUGUUUUUUUAAUCUUAUCUUUUUAUCCUUAUUUUUCUAUCAUGGAGAACCCAAACUUUGUGCUCCAGUCAGUGACCUUUAACUUUUGACAGUGAUGGAAGGAUCUCGAAGGAACUUUGCAAACACUCAAUGAAAGACAACAGGGCACUUGAUGCUUUUCUUUCUGUUAAAGGGCAGCGAGCUCACCACGAUCACCUUUUUUUUUUCUGCAGUAUCUCACAUUUAAAACACUUGUUACAUUUCAUUUCAGUGUUAAAUUACAAAUAUCCCCAGAGACAUUCAGUGCAGAGUGUUGUUAAAACAGUAUUCUGUCAGCAGGUUUGUUAUGAACUGUGUUCAAGGGAUUGCAGCCAUGCAGCCAAUAUUUCAGGUAAAAGGAUGUUACUUCCCACAGUUACAUGUGAUAAAGACUGUGCAUGUAUCAAUGUUAUGUGCUACCCAAUGUAUUGAUUGGUUGAUAAGAAUUUGGGGAUAUAUUUGUUCUGAAACACUAUCGUUAAUCAUUAUUAAGCAGUUUUUUCAAAUAUUGCAAAUGAGGAAGUGGGAGAAAUAUCAUUGACACUGUUGCACUUGCUGUCUAAACCUUAUACAUUAGAUUUAAAGUAUAAGAUAGGAAAAUACAAAAAUAAUUUCAACUUGUUGGUUCUUCACCGUAGGAUUGAUGCACUUUAACGAAACGUUAACACAAUGUAGUGUUUGUUUUAUCUCAAAUUUCACGUCAGAUUUUACACACUGCAGGUUAAUACAACUGUGGGACUUGUAUUGGUCAUGUUUGAAAAGUGUAUGCAAAAAGGUUACCAACCUUUAGGUAUUAUAUUUAUUAGAGGACAAGUGCUGGUCAUACUGUGUUGUAAGAUGAUUCUAGAAAGGAUAGAACAACAUGUUGCUUUAUUAACAUCUUUCAACAGCAGAAACCCCACAUUUGAAGGAUAGUUGUAUAAUUGUGAAGUAAAGUAUUGUAUGAGAUAGGUAACACAAUAAUAGUUCAUGGGCUACAAUUAUGCCAGGUGUCAGGAUGUUUUAUGUUUGAUUAUUUAAGUCAGAUGCAGGAAGAGAUGACAUUCUAUCAAACACUGCAGUCAUGUAACUGCAGUUUUUCCACUAGACUUUGGUGGCAUCUCUGUUGUCAGUGAGUGGGUCACUGUUUCAUGUAGUUAUAUACUAUUUGGAAUAAUUGGCAGUUUUCAUCUAAUCUUGUCAUGCUCAGUGAAUAUGAUUUAUGUUGUUUUUGAUUUGUUUUUUUUUCUCAUUUUACGUGUUUCACAUAGGAUGGACACUGAUGACAAAACAGUUGUUAAAGCACCUUAAGAUAUAUUUUAUUUUAUCCUUCACACAUUAUACAUCAUCCCCUGUCGUCCACUAUUUCAGCUAGUGUGAGAACACGUGUGUGUGUGUGUGUGUGUGUGUGUGUGUGUGUGUGUGUGUGUGUGUGUCUCUGUCUGUAGUGUUUUUGUAAGCCUUUUGUAUGAGAGCUGUAAAAUGGCCAACAUCCACUUGCUUUAUAAAGUCAGCUUUUUGUCACCCAUCA